AUGUCAGUCAUGAAUAAAUUUAUUGAGUCGAUAAUUUUCUUGUUGGGAUUAAUUAAUCUCAUUAAAGCAACACCAGUGGCUGAUAAUAGAGAUUAUUGGAAUAAACGUGCAGCGAUAUUGAGUGCAGAAAAAAAUAAUUUUAUAGGCAGCAAUUUAUUACUCAGCUCUGAUGAGCAGUUAGCUAAUGAGGUAUUGGGUAACCUUAAGAAGGAAGAAAUCGAUCAAGCGUUUGAAGAUCAAACAAAAUUUUACCCAGCACGAAAUUUCAUGCAAGUACAAAGCAAAAUUGAAAAAUCAAAGGUAUUUCGUGUUAUUAAAAUGAUGCCGAAGGGCGCAGUUCUUCAUACGCAUGAUUUAUCCCUCGUCUCUGAGAACUGGCUGUAUAAUAACGUUACGUACCGAGACAAUUUAUAUAUAUGUAAUCAGACUGGAAGCUUGAUGCUUAAGUUUUUCGCUGCGCCUCCCAGUGACUGCGACUGGAAACUGCUGAAAGAUGUUCGCGAAAGCGCGGCUUCACUUGAUGACAUCAACACACAAAUUCGCGGAGAACUUUCGCUGAUUACCGAUAAUCCAGAUGCUGCUUAUCCUGAUAAUUAUUUCGCCUGGAUUAAAUUCCUUAAAGUUUACAAGGUUCUUCGUUCGAUGGUGACUUAUAGGCCAGUUUUUGAGGAUAGUUUUUAUCAAGCUCUUCAAGAGUUUCACGAUGACAAUGUAUUUUACUUAGAACUACGUGCUUCGUUACCGACGGUUUAUGAUUUGAAUGGGACUGAAUAUGGACAAAUGGAAGUUAUGAAGAUUUAUCAAGAAGUAGCUGACAGGUUCAAAAGAGACCAUCCUGAUUUCUUUGGCGUCAAAGUGAUAUUUUCACUUUCAGCAAUAAAAAACACAGCAUCUCUACGAAAAAUCGACGAAUCCAUUAGCAAAGCUAUCGAAAUGAAGAAUAAAUUCCUAGGAUUUUUCGCAGGCUUAGACAUGGAUGGCUACGAGGACAGAAGAAUGCCUUUGAAAAAGUUUGUUGAACAACUGACACAAAUAAAUAGUGAAAUAAAAUUUUUCUUCCACGCCGGAGAAACUAAUUGGAACGGUUUCGAUUCUGAUGAAAAUGUCUUAGACGCAGUUCUGCUGAAUACCUCGCGAAUCGGGCACGGUCUCGCGAUUCUGAAGCACCCGAAAAUUUUAAAACUAGCCAAGGAAAAAAACAUCCCUCUUGAAAUGUGCCCGGUUUCAAAUCAAGUUUUAAAACUAACUCCAGAUCUACGCAAUCAUCCCGCCAGUAUGUUGUUCGCUGAAAACUACCCCGUUGUCAUUUCAAAUGACGAUUCCGGCUUGUGGGGAUCCACGGGACUCAGCUACGAUUUCUACGAAACUUUCAUGGGAAUAAUGCCUCGAAGCGCCGAUUUAAGAGCGUUGAAACAGCUCGCGAUUAAUUCCAUAAUAUACAGCGCGAUGGAUGAUCACGAGAAGCAAAGGGCGCUUGGAAUUUGGUUUCAGAAAUGGGCGGAAUUUAUUGGGAGAGUUAACAAUUUGAAGGAUUUGUAA